CAUCAGGUACUGUUAAUGCCGAAGCUGAAACUGUGCGUUCUUUAAUAGCCUGUUGUGAAAUUUAGAGUACAAGUGAUGUAGUAUUAGGAUGCCCGUAUGGAAGGUUGACGAUUAGGGCUGAACCCGUAGGAGGUGUGACCAACAUGUGAGGUAUUUGUUUAAAUAUUGACAUAAACAGACCUGGCAAUUUGCAAAAAAGAAAGUAAAAGAUUAUCGUGUUUAACUAACAUUGGUUUUUAAUCAAAUCGUAAAUUACAAAAUGAUAGAGAUCUUCGAACUGAUAAAAUAGCAUUUUUAUCCAGUCUGUCCGUCAGAUCUGUACUACAACCAUUGUUAAUCUAAGCAACACUACUACUUACACACAAAUACACAGAACAAAGUCAUAGUUUGCAACACUCCCGUUGCUAAUUCGAAGGCUAAUUGACUUCUGUGUGAAAUAUACUAAUUAAUGACUGUUAAAUGGAACACUGUUGCCAUACGCAUCCUUCGAGUUUAGACGAAACGAUGCGCCUGAAAAGCGUCCUGCUAAAUGGUAUCAUACACGAAGGUGGAUGUUCGGGCGUCGCGUGGCGGGGGGACGCCAGCCUCGUGUCAUGCGGUGAAGAUCAUACGAUUCGCUACCUCAGACCUGAUCUGGAUAAAACCGCUCAGGAAGAACGAAGGUUUGCAGAUGACGUCUAUCCAACGGGUAUUUUCGCCGUUCCAUCGGCGCAAAAAACUGAGAUUGUUCUUAUUACCUGUUCAGAUGGGAAAUAUCGAUUAGCAGCAAAGGCGAAUCAGCGAGUGAUCGAGGCCCAUACGGGCGCGAUAUUAAGCGCAGGAUGGAGUCACGACGGAACGAUGCUAGCGACUGCUGGUGAGGAUGGCCUCCUUCGUCUCUGGAUGAGGAAUGGCGCCUUUAAAGCCAACCUUGCAGAACACGACUCGCCAGUAACAUGCGUUUGCUGGAGCGUUAUCGCCGACGAACUUGUCUAUUCGGUGGCUGAUUCAGUCUACGCCCGCUCGUUAACGGAAGGACGUCAGGCCCGUCUCUGGAAGGCCCAUCCGGGUGCAACAGUUACCACCGUAGCAUUGAGCAUAGAUGGAAUAAUCGUUUCUGGCGGCGAGGAUUGCCGAUUCAAGUUGUGGGAUUUUAAUACCGGCAAGAAUUUGUUCUCAGGCAACCAGUUAUCGCAGCCUAUCAGCGUCGUUGCUUGGGCUCCAAGUGGGGAGAUCUUUGCGGUGGCUUCCUUUGAAACACUUACCUUGUGUCACAAGUCAGGCUACGUUUUAUCAACGGAUUAUCCCGCAUGUGCAACCAUCCGGGCAUUGUGCUGGAGUGACUGCGGGACGCAACUAGCUGGCGCAUGCUCAAGUGGACAUCUACUCAUCGCGCACCUCGUCGAUCGUACACUUGAGUGGAAUAACUUUGAGGUGUCGACUGUUGGCACAAAAUUGUGCCUAGUUACCGACGUCAACAUGGAACAAGGCAUCCGAGAAGAACUGACAUUUCAGGGCCAGAGUGCGGGCACAAUGAGUUUCCGCCAUGGAGUCCUGGUCGUAGCGACAAAUGGGGGCGUUUUCGUCUUUGGCGGUGCAGGACAGUGGCACAGACCAGCCCUUAUACGACCUUCAGUGACCUCUCCGGUUAGAUGCAUUCGCCAGAGUAAAGGGCAUCUCGCGCUCGUUGACAGUUCUGCGAUUCACAUCUACGCUAACAACGGCAAACAUACGUGUACCGUUCGUCAUCCGUUCCUUCGUGCGAACAUUGUCCGACUCUUCGAUCUGAAUGACGAGGUGGUUCUGAUGGCUGAUAAACGGUCGAUUCAAUUCUUCAAUAUUAGCACUGGAAAGCAGUUAGCCACACCUUUCAGGCAUGAGAGAGAAAUACGAGAGGUUACCGUUGAACAGAAAAGUUGGCCAGAUACGCUUUCGGGAGGCGAGCAACUGCUGAGCUUCAUUGACUCUCAGGGACAGCUUUAUCUAGUCUGCCUUCGUGGGAAGCAGGCAUAUGCCUCGUUUGUUGAAUCGCAGGUGUUAAAUACAAUAUGGAGCGAAACUUCUCGUCAGCUGGCUGCCAUACGUGAGUCCCAGUUGUUACUAUGGGAAUGUCCAUGGGCGUUCAACGUCGCCCCAAAAUUACUGGACUCGUGCCGGCACACAUUUCCUCAAGCAGACAUUGGCCUGGCAGGCGUAUUCGGCUACUUUAUAGGAACCCUACUAUCAGUUCGAGCUACGAAUGGAGCCAUGCAUGCACAGGCUAUUUCCCCAUACAGCGAGAAAAUUGAGAAAGCUGUUGAUAGCGGACAAUGGGACGCUGCUUUAAAACUCGCACGAUUUUCUGACACAAACGAGGUAUGGUGUACUUUAGCUUGCAUAGCGCUCCUUGGGCGGCAGCUUAAGGUUUCGCGGGACGCCUUCACUGCACUUGGGCAGGUCGAUCGUGCAGAAUAUAUCGAUAAAGUUCGUGAACAGGGAGGUCAAAUGGAAGGUCUACUUGUCCAGCUGCUCAUUACCGGCGGCCGAUCACGACAACAGGUCGAAAGUCAAAUGAUUCAAAUAGGAAAACUGCUUGAUGCCAUCAUGCUCAACGUGUAUGCCCACCAAUGGGACAGAGCGUUAUCGUUGGCAAUAAAGCACAAUGUUCACAUCGAUGUUGUUCUUGCAUACCGAAAGAAAUUCCUCGAACGAUUCAACAAAGCUGAAGAUGAAGCAAUUUUUAUAGAAACCAGUAAAAAGUACAAAGCCGACGACGUGGACUACAUAAAAAUACGCGAGAUGGUGUCGCAGCAGAGCGUCGUUGAACUUUAAGUUAACUUUUUCCCUCUAAUAGUAUUACUACAUUGGCCGCUGUUUUUUGGAAAAUAGUCAUUUACACACAAAGAAAUAUCUGGCCUUACUGGACAUUUCCGUCUGAAGAAAAUUCCGGUAAAAGUGUUUACCUGUGUUUUUACUGCGAUCACAAGAGUGAAUCGGUCCCAUGUCAUAACUCGAGAAGCUAAUAAAAACUUCUAGUGGUUGGAAACCUAACGUACCAAUAUUGCUUAUAAAUUGAUUGCGGCAAAGGUAUUUUAACCAUGCCUGAUAAUUGUUGUCUUACCGGAGAAAGGGUUAUAACUAUCUUCUAUAUAUUCUACAUAAUAUAUAGUAAAUUCUAUUCAAAAUUGGAGUCUAAUCCCAAUAAGAAUCCAGUACAGUAUAUAUCUGAGCCACAGUGCCUCGAAACCGAUCGCUAGCUAGGUGAUAACACCAGAAAGAAAUAAAUGUAAAAGAACCACGAUAUUUGUUGCUUAGAGAUCCUUUUCGUGGGCGGUAAGCAGAGAUCCGUGUCUAAUGCCCCAGCGACGAGUUUGCGAUGAAUUUGUUUCGCCCCGAUGCAUUUGUUUCGCAUUAAAGAAAAGAACGCUUAAUACUGAGAUGAAAAUCUCUGUAAUCUUGUGUAGGGCAUUCGAACUCGUGUAUAAUCUUCACCUUUAUUAUCUUCGCAGAAUAAUUAACAGAUAAUGAACUGCUAUAAGUGACAGCCAUAAAUGAAUCCGCAGUGAAAAAAACAUAACCUACAUAUAUUUUAUUUUGGAAUUGGUGAACGGGAUGUUUUUCUAGGCGGCGAAUGUUACUUGCGUUUACCGGAGCUCGUACUGUUCGUUUAUACCUCCUUAGAAAUACCAUGGUGUAUCUAUAGCUAAAUUAUUGCAAUGAAGCUGGAUAAACUAAUUAGUGAUAUAGAUAAAGUAGGUCGAUUAACGACUCAACCCAAACAGAUAUAUGUUGACCCUAUACAAACAGCUAACGCACUCAAGCUUUUUGAUGUCUACCAGAACUGCAUUAUAUAAAUACCGGUAUGUUAGAAAAGCAGUAUCUAUAGUUUCAGUUCAUUACUAAUCAAGAGCUACGCUCCCUAGGGGCCAGUGUCUGCAGCGUUGCCCUC